AUGACUAAUUCCCUCCCCUGCUGGCGACCUUCUUUGCUGCUGUCAUGCGGCUCAAAAGCAGAAGCCUUCUCCUGUUUCUCUGAUGGCUGCAUCUGCGAACUCUCUGGAGAACAUCUGCGCGUAACAAACUCCCAGGGAGAAACUGAAUACAUUAAACUGGGCGGUGAUCCUGCCACGGACGCCGAACAACCAACAGGCGCACACCAAGGGGUAUUUGUGUCUUGCACUAGCUAUGACAAAAGAAAACUUCUGGCAGUGGGCGCCUCUGGCAUCGAGGGAGAGGUCCUGCUCCUUCAGCUCUCUUGCAUUCCACUAAAGCGCAUUUGGAGGCAGAGAAUAACGGCUGCAAGUCCAGUGGAAAUCGUUUCUCUCGAUUUUUCACCGUGCGGCGGCCGGCUGUUUUGCCUAUCGUCGACUUUGGAGCAAGGCAACGGCCAACAAGGACACGUUAUCACAACCCAUCACGUCAAUGUUCUAAACGCAUCAGAUGGGUCGAUACAGGCUUGCCACACGCUGCAGUGGGACGACUUCGCCUCCUUCCCGAAGAGGGUGCUCGCUGCAAGUGGAACUAUCUUCGCUGUACUUUCAGACACAAAUCUAACUACCCUGCAGCUCGUUGAUAGUCCAGAAUGCCGGUUUAUUACAAGUGGAAAUCUGUUGCCACAAAUGUCUGGUGCCGCUGCUGGCUUGGAGAGAGUUGUGACAAUUAGCGGAGCAUGUUGGGUAGCUGCUGGCAAAAAGGGGACUGAUGACAACAAUUGUAGUAAUUUCCUUUUUCUAGCCUUUAGCAACAAGGUAUUCCUAGCAAUCGGAGUAGGAUGUAAAGACCCUGGGGCCCCCUUUCUGGCAUGGAUCUCCAGUUCACAGGAAAAGUACGUUUCAUUAGCAACUGAGGAUGAGACAGGCGUGUUAUUUGGCUUGACAGACUCGUCUGUCCUCCAUAGCUACAAAAUUAAUGAAAGAUUAGCAGAAGCCCUGUCACAGAAUGCUGGAGUAAGCGGACUGAUUCAUGGGGGUGGUUGA